CUCGCGUGUGCAGUAACUUAAAUUGUUCUUAACAUCAGAUGAGGCUAAAUGCAGAAAUGAAGUUUCUUGUAAAUCUUUGCGCAGUUGCAAGUAUUGUGUGCUUCGUUCUUUCUGAAGACAUGAAAGAAGAAUCGACAUUCAAUUAUGAAGAGAAAGUUUUGGAAAUGGUUUUGAAGGACAACAAAGAAAUAAUGAAUGAGAACUCGGGAAUUGAAAAUAACUACAAAAGUGUUCAAGAUGUCAAACAGUUAAUACAAUUACUUAUAAAUAAUACGGAAGAGAACAAGAGUGAAUUAAAAAAUCUUUUUGCAAAACAUGACUCGCGAAUUGAAAACAACUACAAACGUGUUCAAGAUGUCAAACUGUUGAUACAAUCACUUAUAAAUAACACGGAAGAACAUGACUCGAAUUUUGUGGGGGGAGGAUGGUCGGACUGGGAGUCGUGGGGUUCCUGCUCAGUAGCAUGUGGUGAGGGAUUUCAAACACGCGUGCGUAGAUGUGACAACCCAACACCCUCAAGUCACGGGAGAUAUUGCCAUGGUGACGCCAAAGAAUGGCGAAUGUGCGAUGGGGCUCAAACAAAAGUGACAGAUUGUCUGGAUAUUUAUCGUAAAUAUCCAUCCUCACCUGACGGGGUGUAUCGAGUCAACUUGUGGAAAUCCAAGACGGCUAUCAGUGUGUACUGCGACAUGACGUCAAGCAACGGAGGAUGGACGGUAUUCCAAAACCGGUAUGACGGAUCGGAGGAGUUUUACUUAGAUCUCAAGGCUUACACUGAAGGGUUUGGAAAUACAUCAGCCGAAUUCUGGCUUGGGUUAAGAUACAUAAAAGAGCUCGCGGAUCAGGGGAAUACUACUCUUCGCAUGGAGGUAGGUGCCGCCGACGGAAGCGAGGCUUACGAAGAGUGGCCGGACUUCCAGUUAGGAGAGGCACCGGGUUACAAAUUGCACGUAGGAGGGAAAGGCACGGGAACCGCUGGGGAUUUCGGCCACUACUUCUCAAAGUCCCAAAAUGGAACGGAUUUCACAGCAAAGGGAAGCACAUGUGGUAACCUAGAUAAAGGUGGUUGGUGGUACGGAGAAUGUGCAUACAUCAACCUCAAUGGACACUACGCUCCGCCAGGGACAAGGUCCGGGUACAACUCUGGAUGGGGAGGAAUGGUUUAUUACAGUUUUAAGCAAUACGAAUCACUCAAAACAUCAAGAAUGAUGUUGCGAAGAGUUGAAUGAAAGAGUCGAAAGGCUAACGGUUCAACUACUUCCAUAACUUGAACAAUGGGUAAACUAUUAUUUAUGCAGAUGAAGGUUUUGAUUUGCUCAACUCAACUGAAAACACGUUCAUUAUUUUAUGUCCAGUUUGCAUACAAUUACAAAUAUGAGAACGAACGAAAGACAUAAUGAUGAUGGUAAACAUGCAAGGUAAUGCAUUUACAUAUAUGUAAAAAAAAGAUAAUAUCAAGUCAUUAUAAUACAAGUUGCAUUCGAAAGAUAACACAUAGCUUAGUGUGUAUAUUUACUUAAGACAUAAUACAUUAAUCUCGUUAAUUCUGAACUAAAGACAACGUUUAACUAUAAACCCUACUGGCCAUUUUCACAUCCACAUAAAGCAGACGAGCAAAUAAGUAGAGAUGGGUACUAUUUAGGUUAUUUUUGGUAAAACUUAUUGCAAUGUAUCGCAAUUUUUUUUCAACUAUAAGUUUAAUAACAAUGAGACACAUAUGAUUUAAACAUGUGCAUUUUUAUUACAUAUAUGUUUCUUAACUUAAUUCGGUUGCUGUACACCGUGCCCAUUAGAAUCGGUUUUGGGAAUAUGAGAAAAAAAAAAUGGCAGCAGAAAUUCGCAAUAUUGAUUUUGUCAAACCGUUUUAAAAUGUACGCUGGUGAUACAAACAACUUGAAGUAUAUUUAUUUAUUAAUUAUGUGGUAUUUUGAAAUGUUUUAUUAGUAGAUGACACUAAUUACAUGUGAACAACCCACAAUGGUUUAAGUUUAGUUGGACGAGUUAUGGCGCUCUUGCAUUGUGCCUACUAUCAUAUUUUGUAUACCCGGACACAUCCGAACUAGAAGUGCAUAUGUAGUGACAGAAUAUACUUCAUUGAAAAAAUGAUUUAUUUUUUUAAUUUGUGGCACGAGUUAUGCAGAAUGUUUAUAGAGGAUAAUUGUUGUUGUUUUUUCAGAGCAAGAUCGUAAAAACAUUCACCAAGUAAGCACCAGAAAUAUAUAUUAUACAAGUGGCGUUCACGAGGAGAUUUGCGAGUUAACUCAGAAACAAAUAUAUUAUUUUAUUUUUGUUAUAUGGAAAUACAACGUUAAUUGUAGUCUUAACAGAAAAACGAGCAAAAUGUAUGCGAACGUAACGUCAUUUUGGAUAUGACAUCCAUUCGUAUAAUAUGUCUUAGCCAUGUGCUUGUUUACGUUUAAUUUUGAAGUGAGAGCGGGCUAAAAAUUCAAAACAGUGAAAAAUAUAUAAUUGUUAUUUUACUGUCUGAAUAAGUGAAAUAUCAUUUAUUUUCAGUAAUUUUAUAUAACAAUCGGAAAUAAUAUGAUAAAUGGCCUUGUACCAGUUAAAUAUUAAAUAUAAGUAUUAUAUUGUUAUUGACACACCUACACUUAUGUUCAAGUAGUACGGUGUUGAAAUAACAAACAACUCUAAAUCAAAAUUGCUGAGAAUCUGGCAUCAAUUUGUCAAAGUUCUUAGGCCUAACAAGCUUAAGUUGCUUAUAUUUUUAAACCAAAAUUCCUACUCAAUUCUGAAUUUACUUAAUAAAAAAAAAAGUUUUUCGUGAUCAUUAUAAUGAAUUUUUCCAAAAAAUCCUGAAAUCCUAACGUUAGCAAAACUUAUAGCCAAAAAUAGCAUUGAGUUGAGCUUUAUCUGAUUAAUUUUACACUGUCCAUGCUUUGUUCUUAUUAGAAAGAAAUACAUGAAACGUCAUUAUUAUACCGGUCCAUCUGUACUAAAAUUCACUGAACUGUUAGAUACGACAUAAGACAAGAACUCAUCAAAGUAUUUAUUGUCAAAGAAGCGUUAUGUAUAAGACGAACAAUUCUAAAUAUUGAAUUAUAAUAAUGUUUUAUUGGUUUUUUUGUUGUUGUUGUUUUUUUGUUCAUUCUCACCGAAUUUGAAUAUGAACAUAAAACUGUACUCGCAUUGACGUAUUAUCUAAUUACAUGUGUUUUCACUAUGUGUUCAAUUAUUUUAUAUAUGUGGUUAAAGAAUUUGACGUACACAUUUUAAUGAAAUAUAUGUUCUGUUCCGUUCUGAAUCCUGUAAGUACAUAAGAUGUUUCGAGAAAUAAGGGACAUGCAUCAACAAAUGCAUUGCAUGAUAGCAAUUAUGGAUGACAUCAAAAUAUAUAUGGAUCAUGAUUUUCUUGUAUUUUAUAUUAUAGUAUUCAUAUUUCUGACGAAGAGUCUUGCUUUAGAACUUCAGACUUUUGUAGCUAUACUAGUUAUAUUCGUUUGUAAUAUUAUGUAGUAACGAUGUACUUUGUACAAAUA